AUGGAAGGCAUUCCAAUAACGGUCCGAAGGAUGAAUGUUGCCACAUCCCCCCUGCCUCAACGAAAGCAAAGGAAGAGGACAGCCCCUCAAGUAGUGGAAGGACAAGUAGCAGAGGGGCAAGCACCACAGACCUUGGACAUGCACCCAUUGCAGGAAGCCAUUGAUGGCUUAUCUAGACAGUAUUUGGAAAGCCAAGGAGCACAGAAAGAGCUUCAACUACAGAUGAUAGGGCAGCAAAAAGAAGCACUCUCAAGGUGGAUGACUCAGCAAGGUGAGUGGCAAAGGCAAAUAAUGGAACAGCAACUAAGUCAAGGGCAACAAUGGGAAGAAACAUUCAACAGGAUGGAACAAAGGCAAAAUGAGCAACAAGAUUCCAUCCAGAGGCUAAUCAACAUCCAAGCACAUCAAGGGGCACGCAUACAUGAAAUGCAUCGAAGACAAAUAGAACACAUAGAACUACUGGACGAGCAAAGGGCAUUUGCAGAAGGAGUUUACAUGAGCGAGACAGGGUAUCACAUAAACACUCAAGCCAAGCUCGAAUACCUAGUAGGACAGUUGCCUAUAUUGCACCCAGGAAUCACAAGGUAUGAAGAAGUGAAGGAUGAGUUAGCACGAGAAGAGAGACAAAGGGUGGAAGAGAGUCAUGAAUCAGUGAGGAAGGCACUUGAGGAUUGGAAGCAUGCAAGAUUAGCGCGGAUGCGAGGAAAUGCAAGAGGACACAAGGAGGACAAGCAAGGAAAAGAGCAUAGACGGCCACAAAAGUAA